AUGGCCGAGAUCAAGAUUGACAGCAAGCUCUUCCAGGAGCGCAUUUCACACUUUGUGACUGCCUGGAAGAAUGACCUGCGCUCCAAGGAUAGUCUCUUCAACGGCGCCCAGUCCCUGAUUGUGAUGAUGGGCAAGGUUGAAGAGAUCCCCGAAUUUCACAAGAACAACGCGAUUCACAACAAAGUCGGCACCAUUGCCAAGGAUACCUCCCGAGGACCGUUCGUCGACGAGUGGAAGAAGCUGUUCGCCGAUCAAUGCAAGGAUGUCACCCAGGUUGAUAUUUCCACAGCUCUUUCCACCUACGCCUUUGCCGUCAAGGAUGAGAGCGAACUCCGAGCGAUGCGAACUGCCUCAAAGGCCUGUGUUGCCUUGAUGACCCCUUACUUCCUCGACGAAAUGUCCAACAUCCUCGACGCCGAAAAGAAGGUCAAACACUCCGUACUAGCCGACAAGGUCGAUAAGAAGCUGGACGAUAACCAAUUCUGGAAGACCGUCGAACUCCCCAGCAAGGGCAAGCUUCCCUCUGACCUCGAUCCUGCCCAGUUGGACUGGAUUCUGGGACCAUCGAUCCAGAGUGGUGGCAAAUACGAUCUCCGAUUUGCUGGCGAACCCAAUGACGAGAACCUUCAUGCUGGUAUCAUUAUUGCCGCCAUGGGCCUCCGAUACAAAUCAUACUGCUCCACAAUCGCACGAACCUACCUUGUAGACCCCAACAAGGCGCAAGAGAGCUGCUACAAGCUUCUCACCCUAAUUCACAGCACCAUCAUCAAGGAGAUCCGCGAUGGCAUGACAGCAAAGGAGGUGUACGGCAGGGCUAUUAGCAUUAUCAAGAGCAAGAAGCCAGAGAUGGAGAAGCAUUUUCUCAAGAAUGUUGGUUGGGGUAUUGGAUUGGAGAACAAGGAUCCUACUCUUAUUCUCAAUGCCAAGAACCAGAGAACUCUAAAAGACGGCAUGACCCUUAUCAUCAACACCGGUUUCCAAGAUAUUGAGAACCCUAACCCUCAGGACAAGAACAGCAAGGUGUAUGCUCUUGUUCUGACUGACACCAUUCGAGUUACUUCCGCGGAGCCCGUGGUGUUCACAUCUGAGGCGCCCACGAGUGCUGAUGCCAACUCAUUCUUCUUCAAGGAUGACGAAGAAGCCGAGCCCGCCCCUAAGAAGGAGAAGAAGGACUCUCGCGUUGGUGCCGUUGCUACGAAGAACAUCACGAGCACAAGACUUCGCUCAGAGCGCACGACUCAGGUCGCUAACGAUGACCUGGAGAAGAAGCGACGUGAACAUCAAAAGGAGCUUGCUGCCAAGAAGCAAAGGGAAGGUCUUGCCAGAUUCUCAGAGUCCACAAGUGGUCAGAACGGUGGCGAGAUCAAGAAGUUCAAGCGCUUCGAGUCUUACAAGAGAGAUAAUCAGUUCCCCAACAAGAUCAAGAACCUCGAGGUUGUUGUCGAUAUCAAGAACAACACAGUCGUGCUGCCUAUCAUGGGACGCCCCGUUCCUUUCCACAUCAACACUAUCAAGAACGCCAGCAAGAGUGACGAAGGUGAAUGGUCUUUCCUGCGUAUUAACUUCCUGUCUCCUGGCCAGGGUGUCGGAAGAAAGGAUGAUCAACCAUUCGAAGAUGCUUCGGCACACUUUGUCCGAAGUUUGACUUUCCGAUCGUCUGAUGGCGAGAGAUACAACGAAAUAGCAACUCAAAUCUCCAACAUGAAGCGCGAUGUGGUCAAGAAGGAGCAGGAGAAGAAGGACAUGGAAGACGUUGUCGAGCAAGAUAAGCUUGUUGAGAUAAGGAACCGACGACCAGCUGUGCUGGACAAUGUGUAUAUCCGUCCUGCCAUGGAAGGCAAGCGAGUACCUGGAAAGGUCGAGAUUCACCAGAACGGUAUCCGAUAUAUCUCACCCCUGAACGCCCAACACAGAGUAGACAUUCUGUUCUCCAACGUCAAACACCUGUUCUUCCAACCCUGCCAGCAUGAGUUGAUUGUCAUCGUUCACAUCCAUCUCAAAGAUCCAAUCAUUGUUGGUAACAAGAAGAAGACGAAGGAUGUUCAGUUCUACAGAGAAGCGACAGACAUUCAGUUUGAUGAGACGGGUAACCGCAAGCGAAAAUACCGAUACGGUGACGAGGAUGAAUUUGAGGCAGAGCAGGAAGAACGACGUAGGAGAGCUGAUCUGGACCGACUGUUCCAAGGCUUUGCUCAGAAGAUUGCCGAGGCCGGUAAGAACGAAGGUAUCGAGGUCGACAUGCCUAUCCGUGAGCUUGGAUUCCACGGUGUGCCAUUUCGAAGCAAUGUCUUCGUCCAGCCUACCACCGACUGCCUCAUCCAGGUUGUCGAGCCUCCCUUCAUGGUUAUCACCAUUGAGGAAGUUGAGGUUGCCCAUCUGGAACGUGUUCAGUUCGGCCUGAAGAACUUUGAUAUGGUCUUUGUCUUCAAGGAUUUCACACGACCUCCUUACCAUGUCAAUACAAUCCCUGUCGAGUUCCUCGAUCAAGUCAAGGACUAUCUCGACUCUUCUGAUAUUGCCUACACCGAGGGUCCUCUCAACCUCAACUGGCCAACCAUCAUGAAGACCGUCACAGCAGACACCCAUCAGUUCUUUGCUGACGGUGGUUGGUCCUUCCUGCAAGCUGACUCAGAUGAUGAUGGCGGCGAGGAGUCCGACCAGGAAUCUGCUUUCGAGAUGGACGAGGAGGAGUUCGACGAAGAGUCCGAGUCCAGUGAUGAAGGCUCUGAUUUCGGCAGCAAUGCUAGUGAUGAUGAGGACGAGGAUGCCGAACUUGAUAGUGAGGAUGAGGGCGAAGACUGGGAUGAACUCGAGCGCAAGGCCAAGAAGCGGGACCGUGAGAGUGCCAUGGAAGAAGACCGGGGCGAUAAGAAGAAGAAGCAGCGCAAGCGCUAA